GUGUACAAGAGUGGCCAUCUAUCCGUCUCGUCGAAAGGUCUGGGGUGGAAGUCAUGGAAGCGGCGCUGGUUCCUCCUCACGCGCUCCUCCCUCAUCUUCUUUAAGCACGAACCUAGGGGUCGCAUUGACAUCUCAACUGCAAUAGGAGGCAUCGAGUUCAAUAAUGCCGGCAAGGUGCACAUCAAGCCGGACAAGAAACAGCUCUCUCUCACUUUCCCGGACGGCCAUGCAUUCACCUUUAAGACGGACACACUGGAGGACCUGGAGGAGUGGAGGGACGCGCUUGAGGACGCCAUUUCCAAGGCGCCUCCACCUUCUGUGAUGAUGGGUCUGCCCCGUGACACACUCUUUAGAGGAGAUGGGCUUGAUAUAGGGGACAACGACGGCCCCCCAGGACCAGGCAAGGAGCGGCGGCUGCGAUCCAUGCUGCUGUGCCGCCCCUUCUCCCUCGCGCUGGAGGACGUCAACGGCUCGCCCUCUUUCCUUGAGAAGGCCCUGCAGUUCAUAGAGGUCCACGGAGUGAAGCUGGAGGGCAUUCUGCGAGCAGCAGCGGACGUGGAGCAGGUGGAGAGGCGUUUGAAGGAGUACGAGGAGGGGCACACGGAGUUUGAGGACGGGGAGAGCCCACACGUCGUGGGCGACUGUGUCAAGCUUGUCCUUCGGGAGUUACCAACGUCCCCUGUGCUGCCAUAUGCCUGCACCGCCCUCGAUCAAGCCUUCCAGCUGGACGAGGCAGAGGCGAAGCUAGAGGCGGUGCGCAAUGCCAUGCUCAACCUGCCCGAACCCAACCGGCGCCUGCUGCACCGUGUGCUGCAGACCAUGAUCGCUAUAACCAACAACGAGUCAAUCAAUAGGAUGAACGCCUCCGCUGUCGCAGCCUGCAUGGCGCCGCUCCUCUUCCGCCCUCUUUUCAGCGGGGAACUUCAAGCAUCGUCCAAGGGCGAUGACGAUGGGGAGGACGGGGCUGCUGCGGCUGCCGCUCAGAUCAUGGCUCUCACCAUGGCCGCCAACCAGGCGCAGACCAUGACGAUUUACCUCAUGGAGAAUAUCGACAAGGUGUUCGUGUGUGCAGCGGGCGGGGCAGCGUGGGAUGGCGAGGAGGGCGAGCUGGUGGACGAUGAUGACGAUGGUGGUGUGCCUACCAACCCUCUCUUCCUCACUCUCCGCAUGUUCUCAAUCCCCGGCGAGGCUCUAGGUCGGGGUCUGGCGCGCGGUGUAUACAGCGGGGCAGCAUGGGACGAUGAGGAUGACGAGGAGGGCGAGCUGGUGGACGAUGAUGGCAAUGGUGCUGUGCCUACCUGUCUUCCUCUCCUCCCCCACUCCCUCCCAGGGCGAGGCACUUGGCCGGGGGGUCUGGCGCGUGGGGUAUACAGCGGGGCAGCAUGGGACGAUGAGGAUGACGAGGAGGGCGAGCUGGUGGACGAUGAUGACGUGGACGAGGACAACGAUGACGAGGACAGCGGUGCCCAGGUGGCGGUGCUGGAGGCGUCGCGUCAGGAGCUGCGCGCCUCGCUGGCAAAGGAAGUGCGAGCGAACGAGAUGCUGAAGGAGAGUCUGGUGCAGCGGAGGAAGACUCUGCAGGAGCUGAAGAACGCCCUUCAGAGAGACGCGGCUCAGCUGCGGCUGGACCUGCAGGAGCAGAGGGAGCUGUAUGCGCGCAUGCAGACGGGAAUCAAGGGACCCGUGCCUGAGAUAGAGCUCGAACCCGAGCUGAAAGCUGAGUUGAAGGAGAUUGAGUCGCUAGAGAAAUCCGUUGCCCUGCUUCGAACAGAAACCGAGACUCUUCAGCGGGAGCUGCUGCACGUGACACACAAGCAGCAGCAGCUGGAGCAGCAGCAGAAGCAGCAGCAACAGGCGGGUGUGGCAGCAGGAGGGGGAGUGGGAGGAGCGCCCCUGACUGGGGCGAGCGCAGAGCAGCGGCAGCGGAUUGAGGCGCUGCGGUCGCUGCGGGCGCAGCUGAAACAGGAGCUGGAUAGGACCAUGGCCAUGUGUCUUGAGGAACAGCAGAAGAACGCUGAGUUGGAGGAGAGGCGGCGGCAGGACGACCCAGUGGCGUUGGAGCAAGCAGUGAUGAGACAGAAGGCAGCCGUGCAACAGGCUCAGGGGCGAGGAGUUGAGGCGCAAGCUGCAGCUGGCCCAGAAGAACUGUCAGGCGUCUCACAAGCCCUCUCUCUCUUCCCCCUAUCCCAUCUCCCACUCUUCCCCCUCCCUCCUGUCCCUCUCCCCCAGGCUGCGUUUGAGGCUGAAAUGGCAAGGGGCAAGGAGUUGAGGCGCAAGCUACAGCUGGCUCAGCAGAGGGCCGCUGCUGCUGCCCUUGCCAGUGCCAAUGCCGCUGCAGGCUCGGGAGGCUCCGGCUCGGCCGAACCUGCAGGCCAGGCCGGGCAGCAAGGCUCGGCCGAGGCUGACGCCCGACCCGCACCUGAUGGGGAGGCUUGUCCAGCAGGUCCGUCGGCCGCAGCUGCAGCAGCGGCAGCAGCAGCGGUGGCUGCAGCAGGGGGAGCUGGUGAGCCUCCCUCAGCAGCGGCUGCUGCUGCUGCCUUUGCUGAGUUGACUGCCAGGCUUGAAGAAUUCAAGCGGCAGCGUGCUGUGCUGAUUCAGCGCCUCGCUGCGCUGUCCAAUGAGACGGUGCCAGGUGGCCCACAGGGAAUGGCUGGGGCUGGAGGGCCGAGGGUGCCUCAGUUGUCAAGGGAUAUCCCAAGUCACUGA